AUGUGCUACAUUGCCUCCUACCUGCUGGCCGCCCUGGGGUACAAUGCAUCCCCCAGCGCCAAGGACAUCAAGAAGAUCCUGGGACGAUGGCGGACGAAGGUGGACGAUGACUGGCUCAACAAGGUCAUCAGUGAAUUGAGCGGGAAAAACAUUGAGGAUGUGAUCACUCAGGGCAUCGGCAAGCUGGCCAGUGUUCCUGCCGGAGGGGCUGUGGACGUGUUGGCCGCCCCCGGAACCACAGCACCUGCAGCUGGCUCUGCCCCCUCAUCAGAGGAUAAAAAAGACGAGAAGGAGGAGUCUGAGGAGUCAGAUAACGACAUGGGAUUUGGCUUGUUCGAUUAGUCACUACCCCAAUAAAACCC